UUAGAAUGUUCCAAAGCGCAUACAGGAUAGCGAGAGCUGUUGUUCGAUUGUUCGAUUCUUUUGCAUUAGAAAACGAAAAAGGGGGGGGGGGGAAGUAGGAGAUGGAGAAAAAGCAUAUGUAUUAUCAUCAUCAUCAUACUGCUGCUGCUUUUUUUUUCCCUUCUUCUUUCUGUUGCCGAUGCAUUGCCUGUCAGUGCUUGUCACCAUUAGAAGAUUUUGUUUUUCUUCUGAUGGGGUUUUGCAUUGAACUUUUUGUUUCUUCGGAGGCUGUUAUGUUGCUGGUUCUUGCGAGCUAUGGCUUAAGCUGCUCCUACCUGGUUCUUUUUUGGCUCUCCCCCAAAAAGUUCUCUGUCUCUUUUCUCGCCCAUACCUUUUUUUUCUCUUCCUCUUUUCUUGUCUUGUCUUGCCUUUGUCUUGAACCUGUGUUUUUUCUUUUUUCUUGUCUUCGUCUACUUGUCUACUUAUUAUUACUAUUAUUAUAUCACUACCUUUUUUCUCCUCUCUCUAUCUCUCACCCUCUCACCCUCUCUACCUUCAUCUGCGACAUGUUAUUUCUUGUCUCCCUAAAAGAGAGUAAUGAUUUUCCCAUCAUUGCACAACUUUCUCCUUUGCCAUCCAUGUCUGGCCCAAUUUUUUUACUCUACUCUACUCUACUCUUCCGCAAUAUAACUCUUGUAUCUCUUGGCUACUAUCUCUCCGCUCUACUCCGCUCUGAUCCUUUCAAUUCAGCCAGUCAUAUUCUCUGACCCCGAAUCUUUCAUGCACUUGGUCUUGGUCUUACUCUUAGUAUUGGUGCUAGCUCCAUUUAAUGUCUUCAAUUGAACUCUACCGAUAGAGAAGAUAUUGGAAUCUAAAAAGGCAUGCUUAUUUGACCAGUAUUUCUUUUUCCCUUUUCCCUUUUCCCUUUUCCCUUUUCCUUUUCCCCUUUUUUUUAAACUAAAGAAAAAUGUCAUUCGUGUCAUUUGUGCAGCGUGCUCUUUUAGCUUUUGAGCCCCCAUCUCAUGCCAGUCUCUUUUUCAUAAUUCAUAAUACGUUCUACAUAAAAAUUUUUUCUUUUUUUUUUUUUUUUUUUACCGUAGUGGCUAUAUAUAUUAUUUCAUUUCAU